GGUAGAAGGAGCGAGCGAACGAGAGAAAGAGAGAAAGAGUGGGCAAAAGAGGAGAGGAAAGAGAGACGUGUAGAAUGAUUCGGGUCUACGGACACGCUUGCGUCUCGCGACGGUUCGUGCUGUUCCGCAUCCGCAGCCACAGCCACCGCCACCGCCACCGCCGCCGCCGACACUGCCAGUGAAAAUCGUGUGAACGCGCGUGCGAACGAGGGUGGUUUUUUCGAUAAAAAGGAAAACGUUUACGAAUGAUUCCGUCCUCUCGCGAUACAUAGAAAAUACGUGUGCGCCGCUCCGUCUUCUUUUCCUCUCUCUCUUUCUUUCUCUCUCUCUCUCUCUCCCUCUCUUUCUCUUUCUUUCACUCACUCACUCACUCACUCACUCUUUCUCUUUCUCUCUCGUUCCUUCCGCGGAAAGAGAUCCUCCUCUUACGGACGGUAGUACGCGCGAGGAGGAAGGGAACGUUUGUGCACAGUGAAGUGACGCUUUGGUGUGUUAGAAUAUCGAGCGUCGCGUUGACCGCUACGAAUUUUCUCUCUCUCUCUCUCUCUUUCUUUCUCUCUCUCUAUCUCUCUUUCUCUCUCGGAAGUCCAAACGGAAAUCUCACACGCGAUAAUGGCGUACUUUCCGACAUUCCGAUGUUUUUUUCUAAAGAAGUUGUGUCGAUUCUUUUGAAUGAUAAAAAUGCUCGUACGUUGCGCCUUAUUCGAGUUCUCUAACCUCGAGAGUUCGGAAUGCAAUAAUACCGGAGGAUGUGAUAGGGUCAUCAUAUUUAAAAGCUACUACGACUACUUUCUUCUUACGCUCUCUUGUAAUAUUUUCUCCUCCACCUUCUCCUCUUCCUCCUCCUCCUCCUCCUCCUCCUCUUCCUCCUCCUCCUCCUCCUGUUCUUCUUCUUCUUCUUCUUUACCCUUAUUGCCGCUUACAAAGUAUAUGAUUUUGUUCGUUCGACCAGCAGAACGACUACCUUUUCAUCUAUAUUAUUUUGGAUCUAUUGGCCUAUCACCAGAGAGCAAAACAGAGACACAAAAAUGGGUACGCUACUAGCUAUAAAAGAGAUUUCACAAUACUCUCUUAAGCCUGAAAUGGAGGCGAAGAGUCCUGCUGCGUAGACAUGGACUCGUACGACCUGUUUGGUGAAGAUGUCAGUGGCUCAAUGCUCGAUGCUCUUCCUGAUCUUGGGGGGAACGAUCAUUUUGACCCUGCGAGUACAAGUAAUUCUGUGGUAGUAUCAAGAGAUGGUCCAAACCCUGGCACUAAUGGAGGAGGGAGUUACAUUAGUCAAUCUUAUAUUUCACAAGAAUCACCUCUUCAAAAAUUGACUUCAUUUGGUGGAUCUGAAUUUGGAAAUUCUAAUCAGUUACAAAAUCCAUCUCAACGCAGUAUGUUUAACCAAAAUCUAGGAACGUUUGAUAGCGGAACACCACAACGUGCUAUGGUGCCAGGAGCUUUUCAAAAUCAAGCUCGUAGUAUGGCACCUCAGCAUAGAGGACCUCACCCUGGUAGUGGAGGUCAAUAUCCUACUUAUAAUGAUAAUAUGUAUUCUAUGGAACAGCAACAUUCAAUGGCUAGACCUAAUAUGAAUAUAGACCCUAAUAUGCAGGGUUGGCCAAGUAGUGGUAGUGCUUAUCCUCAAAUGCAAAGGCAUUAUAAUCAGAUGGCACAGCAACCUGCUACUUAUCGGCAGCAUAUGCCACCUCAGUAUUCGCAUCAGCAAGAUCAAGCUGGUGUCAUGAAUCAAAAAUUACAACAGCAGCAACAACAGCAGCAGCAGCAACAGCAGCAUUUUAGUACACAACAAGGAAUGAUAGGAAAUAUGGGAGUAGCAGCUCACCAAGCAAUGCAAAGUGGUGGAACAGGCAGUGUCUACCAACAUAUUGUUGGGCAGCAACAACAUUACCAACAAGGGAAUUCUGUUGCAAUGUAUCAAACUUCGUCAGGGUAUCCUGGUUUUACAUCAGCCAUGCAUCAACAGCAGCAACAAUCGCAACAACCUCCACAAAGAAUGCCUCAUCAUCAUCCACCUCAUCCACCUCAUCAAACACAUCCUUCGCAUCCCCAGCAAUAUUCACAACAUUCGCAGCAUCCUAAUACGCAACAGCAACCAAUGGAUUCUCAGUAUCCACAUCAUACAGCCAUGUUUAAUCAGCCGCAGCAUUCUGGUCCUGCGGCACAAUUUAAUACUAAUAAACAUGCUACCAGUCCUCAAUAUCGUGCUACUUUUCCACAAUUAUCGCCCCAAAUGUCUCCAAGACCUCAGAUGUCUCCAAGACCACCCGCUGUGCAACAGCAAAUGUCUCCAAGGCCCAUUAUGUCUCCUGCUAAACCGAGUACAUUAUCGCCGCAUCCUCAUGUACAACUUCCUCAUCAACAAUCAAAUCAGCCUAAUACAAUGUCAGUUUCUCCAUGCCCACCAUCUUCAAUGCAGAUGAAUCCAUCCUCUCAACAAACCACUUUACAAGCACUUGAGCAAAUGGUAAUACCAGGUGUUGCUGUAUCUAAUCCAAAUGUACCUGCUCAAGACUAUAAUCAAUUUCAAACACGACCGCCAUUGUCGCAAGCACCAAAUGUUUUACAACAGUCAACUGCACAAAACUCUAUACCGUCAAUUGCUGGACCUAGAAUGCCAAUGUCUGCACAGUGGUCGCAUCCACAACAGCAGUCACAGGUUAGGCCAAAUUUGGCUGUCAGCGAUGACAGAAAUAUAGUUGAAAAUCAACCUCCAGUAGUAUCAGAAUCUAGUGCUCCAUUAUUUCCAGUAUCUGGAACAGAAGCUAUUCAUAGUGGAGCAGAAACAUCAGUAAGAGAUUCUACAGAAAAUGUACCAAAUUCUACAGAACAAUCUACACAAGGUACUGAAUCUAUAGAUCAGUCUACCCAAAAUCAAAAAUCAGAUAUGCUUGGUUCUGGCAGUGAAAGUUCAGUGCAAACUACUUCACAAAAUAAUUCGAAUUUAGAUCAUACUCCUGCAUCAUCGACACACGUGCAGAUGGAAGCAGUACAAUCUUCUGCAACGUCUAGUACAAGUGGAAAUAUAGACUGUGGAAACGUGUCUUCGUUGCAGCAGCAACAGUCUGUCACAGGAACACUUUCUACUACUGUUACUAGUAUGGAAAAUCAAGUUACAUGUGAUACAAAACAACAUGAUCAGACUAUGGAAAUUGCUUCUGUUCAACAUCAUCAACCUCAAGCUCAAGCUCAAACUCAGCCUCAAGUUCAGCCUCAGCCUCAACCUCAACCUCAAUCUCAAACACAACCAUCAGCAUUACCACAACAACAACAACAAGUACAACAACCAGCUCUUACUUGUCCUCAACAAGUGCAGCAAAUUCCAAUAAUAAAUCAGUCUCCAAUGGUUUCGUCACAAAAUUCAUCAAUCCAACCAGCACAAAUACAGCAACCCCAAAUGGGACAAACACAACAAACGCCAAUUACUCAAACGGCGCCAGCAGCACCAUCUCAACAGCCACCACAACCAUUGCAAACACUUGGCCCAACUCAACAAUCUCAAAUAGCACAACCACAGCAACCAGUAAUGAGUCAAGCUCAGCAACCUCAACAAUCUCAAAUUCAACCAACACAACAACCACAAUCACAAAUGGGACAACCAUCUCAACAAAUCCCAGUUUGUGUGACUCAAGCACAACAAGUACAGCAGUCUCAACCGAUAAUGAACCAACAAGUAGGAAUGAUAUCACAAAGUACGCCGAUGAUAUCGAAUCAAAUUCCUCUACAAACUCAACUACAAUCUCCAAUACAAAAUUCCUCUACACAAAUACAAUCUCAAACUAGCCAAGUUCCACCUACGCAUUUAGCUGCUCAACAAGUACCUGCUGUCAGUCAAACAAGUGGUAUGGUAUUGACAUCUCAUCAACCCACAGCUCCUGUGUCAAAUUCACAAACUCCACAUCCAGUGCAAUCCAAUUUCACUGAAUAUACAAAUAUUCAAAAAACUAAUACCAUGUACACGAAUGAUGUUAUGGUAGCAUCAGGACAACAAUAUCAUUCUGGCAAUGAUAUAAUCAGUGGUAAUACAAUGCCAAAUAUGUAUGGUAUUUCAUCUAAUGCAACUCCUACAUCCGUUGGUCCUACUACGUUCAAUGCAUCUUGUGCUCCGGUAACUCAUCACCAAGAAAGAGCUGCAUUGCAACAACAAUUACAGGAACUUUACUGUAUGCCACCAGCUCCAGAAAAUCAAGAAAAAAUAGUUUCUUUACAAGAAAAAUUACAAGCUUUACAGCAACAUGAAACAAAUGAUCAAUGUAAUGGCGGAGCACAAUGUAUCUUGCAAACUCCAAUGUUCACAGCGGCCGUUGUCGACAGUCCACAGGUAUCAAGUACUACCGGCCGUGGCCGUAGUAAAGGUACACCACGGACUAAAAAGAAUCGAAAAAAAGCAGAUAAAGAGGCUGCUGCCCCUCCAGCAAGUACACAAGCGCUCGUUCAACCGGAACAACCUUUGUCAGACAAUCAAGUGACACCGGGAGAUAGCAGUAAUAUUGUCGAUAGUGCUGCUGAUUCCGAAGAUAUGAAACCAUCGUCUGGUGAUAUGGAGGAAGAUUGGAAUAAGGGUAGAAAAUCGCGUCUCCCUCGUAAACCACGUAAACCAAAAGAACCUAAAGAACCGAAGGAGGCCAAGAUAAAAAAGGAACCAAAACCACCUAAGGAAGCUAAGCCUCCAAAAGGAGCAAGAAAAAGAAAUAAAGAUAAGGAUUCAACAAAACGUAAUAGAAAAAAAGUUAAUCAAUCCGAGUCGGCCGAUGACGAUACAGUACAAGAAACGGAAGAAACUGUAGUCGCAGAUUCGAGCGUGAUUAAAGAUGCAGAAGCAAAAUCUAAAGAUAUAUCAAAUCAAGAUGAUCAGGAACAAGUUGAUUCUUCAACGACCGAACCAUUAAUGGGUGAAACUAAAGAGGAGGACAAAGUGGAAUCAGAAAUUCCAGACGAUGAAAAGAAAGAACAAAAUGUCGAAGCAACAACGGAAACUACGACGACAUCUAGUAGUAAGAAAAAAGGAACAUCUCGAAAAAAAUCUUCUAGUAAAUCUUCUUCAGGAAAAUCUCCUAGAAGUUCUAAGAAACGGAAAAGUCGUAUUGCACCUGAUUCCGAUGGCGAAGAAUUAGCUGCGACGCCACCACCUUCACCGGAAGCUGGAGAUGACAAUAAAAGGCGUUCUGCGAGAAAUACCCAUCGUAAAAAAUAUGUUGACGAUGUCAUGCUUCGGUUUUCAGACGAUGAUGUUCCCCUUCAAGAGGCUCAUCUUUCUAAAAAGGCUGAAGGUACAAGUACAUCUAAACCAGCAGCUGUUAAGAAGGAUAACGAAGGUGGUGAAAUAGGACCAAACAAGCCUAAUUUUGUAUAUAUUAAUACGACUGAUGAAGAUUCUAUGGUUGUGCAACAUAUUUUAUGUUCCCGUAUGGGAAAGAGAGAAGUUAAACCAGCAAUAUUACCCGAUAUAAAAUCAGAGACGACACCAGCAGAGACAAAUGAAAAUGUGACUGAAGAUGUCACGCCAUCUGAAACAAAUAAUACAACGGAAGAAAAGGAAGAUAAAAAGGCAGAAGAACCUGAGAAAGAACCAUUGGUAGAAAGUACGGAUAAUAAAGAAGAAAAUAAUGAAAAUGAUAAAGACGUAACAACGGAGACGUGUGAUGCUGAGAAUGAAACAAAGUCCGAUUCUGAUAAACAAGAAGAAAAAGUAGCGGAUUCUAAAACGUCAGAAAAUAAUAGUGUAGCAGAAGCAAAGCCACAGAUGAUAGAGGUCGAAGAAUAUUUUGUAAAAUAUAGAAAUUUUUCAUAUUUGCAUUGUGAAUGGAGAACGGAAGAAGAGCUUUAUAAAGGUGACAAACGAAUCCAAGCUAAAUUAAAACGAUUUAAACAGCGACAACAACAAAAUACUAAUAUAUUUGAAAACACAGAGGAUGACCCAUUUAAUCCAGAUUUUGUCGAAGUUGAUAGAGUAUUGGACGAAGCAACUCAUACAGAUCCAACAAGCGGAGAAACUGUUAGACAUUUCUUAGUUAAAUGGCGUUCUUUACAAUACGAAGAUUCUACAUGGGAAUUAGAGGAAGAUGUAGAUCCUGAAAAGAUAGCGCAAUUUAUGAAAUUUAAUAAAUUACCGUCAAAAGAUCAAUGGAAGCCAAAGAAAAAACCAAAUGCAUCAGCAUGGGUUAAACUAGAGGAGUCACCAAUUUAUAAAAGCAAUAAUAGUUUACGACCAUAUCAAUUGGAGGGACUUAAUUGGCUUCUUUUUUCAUGGUAUAACGGACAUAAUUGUAUUCUUGCUGACGAGAUGGGUUUAGGAAAGACAAUUCAAUCAUUGACAUUCGUCGAUGCUGUGUACAAAUAUGGUAUUCGUGGUCCUUUCUUAAUAAUAGCUCCUUUGUCAACUAUUCCAAAUUGGCAAAGAGAAUUUGAAAGUUGGACUGACAUGAAUGUUGUAGUAUAUCAUGGAUCAGCAGCAAGUAGAACUAUGCUACAAGAAUACGAAGUUUAUUAUAAAAAUGAGAAAGGCCAGCAAAUAAAAGAUUUAAUUAAAUUUAAUGUCCUUAUAACAACUUUUGAAAUAAUCAUUACGGAUUUCAAUGAACUACGUGGAUACAAUUGGAGACUCUGUGUUAUUGAUGAAGCUCAUAGGCUGAAGAAUAGAAAUUGUAAACUUCUCGAAGGCCUUAGACAAUUGAAUUUAGAGCACAGAGUAUUGUUAUCUGGUACUCCUUUGCAAAAUAAUGUGAACGAACUAUUUUCUCUAUUGAAUUUCCUUGAACCAGUUCAAUUUUCUAGUAGUGAAGCGUUUCUUAAAGAAUUUGGAAAUUUGAGUAGUGAAGGUGAAGUUCAAAAGUUACAGCUUCUUUUAAAACCAAUGAUGUUACGUCGACUUAAAGAAGACGUCGAAAAGUCUUUGGCACCUAAGGAAGAAACUGUAGUAGAGGUGGAAUUAACCAAUAUACAGAAGAAGUAUUAUCGUGGCAUUUUAGAGAGAAAUUUCUCCUUUCUUGCCAAGGGUACUACAUCUGCUAACAUUCCAAAUUUAAUGAAUACGAUGAUGGAAUUAAGAAAAUGUUGUAUACAUCCAUUCCUUCUUAAUGGUGCUGAGGAUCAAAUACAAUUGGAUUAUAAGACUGGUGACAAGGAAGAUUCUGAGGCCUAUUAUCAUGCAUUAGUAAAUAGUUCUGGAAAAAUGGUUCUCAUUGAUAAAUUAUUGCCAAAAUUAAAGGCGAGCGGACAUCGAGUUUUAAUAUUUAGUCAAAUGGUGAAAUGUUUGGAUUUAUUAGAAGAUUAUUUAUUAUACAAGAAAUAUCCAUAUGAAAGGAUAGAUGGUCGAAUUAGAGGAAAUUUAAGACAAGCAGCUAUUGAUCGAUAUAGUAAACCUGAUUCAGAUAGAUUCGUUUUUCUACUUUGUACAAAAGCAGGUGGUCUUGGUAUCAAUCUCACUGCUGCAGAUACAGUUAUUAUAUAUGAUAGUGAUUGGAAUCCACAGAAUGAUUUACAAGCACAAGCUCGUUGUCAUAGAAUCGGUCAGCAGAAAAUGGUAAAGGUUUAUCGAUUACUUUGUCGAAACACAUAUGAAAGAGAAAUGUUCGACAAGGCUUCUUUAAAACUUGGAUUAGAUAAAGCCAUUCUGCAAUCAAUGAAUACGAGCCAAGGUGGAAAAGAUCCUAGUAACAAACAAUUGACAAAAAAAGAGAUAGAAGAUUUGUUAAAGAAAGGAGCGUACGGUGCUAUCAUGGAUGAUGAUAAUGCAGGAGAUAAAUUCUGUGAAGAAGAUAUUGAUCAGAUUCUUGAAAGAAGGACUCAAAUUAUAACAAUUGAAGCUGAAAAAGGAUCUACUUUUUCAAAAGCUAGCUUCGCAUGUUCCUCUAAUAGAUCAGAUAUUAAUAUCGACGAUCCAGACUUCUGGAAAAAAUGGGCUAAAAAAGCAGAGAUCGAUACUACUGAAAAGAAAGAGGAAGAUGAAUUAGUAAUUUCAGAACCUCGACGACGGACACAAAUUAAACGCUAUGGACAUGAUGAAUCCGUAGUUGACAUGUCAGAAUUAGACAGUUCUGAUGAUAAUAGUGAUGAUGAAACUAGUGGUGGAUUAACGGGCAGAGGUAAAAAGAGGAGAGAUAAAUUUGGCAAAAAAUCUCGUAAAUUUUAUGACGAAUACGUACCAAGAGAAGGAGAAGUAGUAUAUGGUAGUUGGGCAAGAAGCGAGUGUUUUAAAGUAGAACGUGGUCUUUUAACGUUUGGUUGGGGACGUUGGGAAGAAAUCUUGCAGCAUAGUCAAUUUCGUCGAGGGUGGCGCGAGGUUGACGUUGAAGAUUGCGCAAGAGUAAUCUUACUCUAUUGUCUUCGUUAUUAUCGUGGCGAUGAAAAAAUUCGUAGCUUUAUUUGGGAUCUCAUAACACCUUUGGAAAAUGGAGAAAAAGUUAAAAACGUGUCCGUUAGUACUAAUGCAAGAAAUAGUAGACAAAAGAAAAAGGGUCGAGUCAGAGAAGGUAGAGAAACUCGAGGAUCUAUUAUCAAUGGUGGACCAAGUGAUCCUAAUCAUUGGAGCAACGCAGAAAAGUACGAUGGUGACAUAUUUUUGGAAAGUAACUAUAGGAAACAUUUAAGCCGACAUGCGAACAAAGUACUGUUACGUGUACGAAUGCUGUAUUAUAUUAAACAUGAAAUAAUUGGUGACUUGGUACAACAUAUUUCCGAUGGCGUCCAUGUCAGUGCUUUGCGGAUAAACCCUCCGCAGUUGACGGAACGACCAGCGAAAUGGUGGGACUCGACGGCAGACAAAUCCUUAAUAGUCGGCUGCUACAAACAUGGCUAUGAGAAUUACGACCAGAUGAGGAUUGAUCCCGCGCUUUCUUUCAUUUCAAGCUGUCCUCCCCCUUCUUCCCAGUCUCAGACUACUCAACAGAACAGCAGUAGCAGAGAUGAAAAUAGCUUAGAAAAUGAAACGGAAGACGGAGAAUGUUCCAUCGUUAAAGAUUCCAAAGAUUCGGAGAAGUUUACUCGAGAGACGCCGAUAGAUUCACCAGCUAUAUCUAGUAAAGCGGAUACACCUAUACCAGAAGCUAGUAGUAGCCAUGAUGGAAAUGAAGUUCUUUUAGAGGAUGAUAAAACUUGGCCAUCCGUUGUCGAUUUAAAUACACGAUUACGUCGUGUAAUUUCUUCGUACCAACGUAGUGUUACUAAUAAAAAGGAAGAUGUUAAAAUAUUGCAAAAGAAUAAGCCUGGUAUAGAAGGUGAAACAACUACCAUUAAUCAUACAGGGACGACAAUCAAUGAACCGCCAUUGAAUAUGCAAGGGUGGGAUUUGCAACAAUUGGCUAUGUAUUUGCUGAAAAUGGAAAGGAGAGAGAAGAUGGAAGCGAUGGUAAAGGAACGAGAACGUACAAGAAUCGAAGAACAAAAAACUAAAUGGUCACGUCGCGAGGAAAGCGAAUUCUUACGCGUAGUAUCGACUUAUGGUGUCAAUUAUGAUAGAAAAAAGGCACAAUACGAUUGGACAAAAUUCAAGAGUAUUGCAAGGUUUGACAAAAAGACGGAUGCAGAUCUAACAGAUUAUUACAUGUCGUUUAGAGCUAUGUGCAAGAAGGUCUGUAAUGCUAAACUGAACGAAGAAGAAGACUUUGCAGAUGUUCCGGUUGAUCAUUUGAGUCCUGCUAAAGCAAGACAGAUAUUGGAUCGAGUUGAUCUGUUAAGUAAAAUACGCGAAGAAAUUUUGUCUCAUCCUCAUUUAGAGGAACGUCUUUCAUUGUGUCAACCAUCGGGUGACACACCAGAAUGGUGGCAGCCUGGUAAACACGAUAAGGAAUUAUUGCUUGGUGCAGCGAAACAUGGUUUAGGGAGAACAGAUAUAACCAUUUUGAAUGAUCCUGAUUUCUCUUUUCAUAAGAUUUUAGGAAAAAGUACUUACAUAGGUACUGCGCAAACACCUAAACUUCCGGAAAAAUCAGAAAAGGCUAUUAAGAUAGAGAAUAGGGAAGACAUAUUGAAAUUCGAUAAGGAUGAAAUUCUUGUGAAAUUGGAAAAGGGUGAAGGAACUUUGAAGAUCGAGAAGAUAGGUGCUAAGAGAGAUACGAUAUCGACGGAAAAGAAAGGAGAUAAUCCAGAGAUAGAAAAGAGUCAAGUAGAAUUGACAAUAGUAAAAGCUGAGACGAAAGUUGAAGAGAAACCGGCUGCGCCGACGUCCUUGCCACUUCCGCCACCGCCUCCGCCUAUCAGCAAUACGCUUACUAUUUCUACCGUAUCGAAAAGUACAUCAUUGGAAAAAGAAAAUACUAUUAAUAAGAUCAAAGUUGAAGAGAAAUCUGAACAGGCAUCGGACUCGACGAAAACUGAUGUGACUAAUACUCCUGAUAAUUCUAUCGUUACUUCGAAAUCAACGGAGGAACCGAUGACUACCGAGGAAACUCCUCCGCCAGUUACAAAUGAGGAAACUCCUGUUAAUAAAACUGCCGUUGUUGACGCAGAGAAAUCUGAUGAACAAACUAAAGAAUUGUCAAUGGAAUUGUCCAAUACCGAUGAACAACAACAACAACAACAACAACAACAACAACAACAACAACAACAACAACCAACGCAAGAUCUUCCCGUAACAGAAAGUAAUGAAAAAUCUACUUCUGAAAAUAAGGACAUCAAUACUGAAUCAACGGAGAAAAGUAUUGAUACCUUGGAUACAAUUGUCACUGAAGAUGUUAAACCGAACAUCGUAAAAACCGACAAUUCCACGACGACUAAAGAAGAAACUGAAAUAAUCGAAGACAAGGCUGCUGCGGAUGCUAAAGAAAAAACCAAAGUAUCUAAAAUCGAGGAUAAGUGUAGCGUCCAAGCUGCGGAACUUAAAGCAAUGUUUCCUGAUUUGGAAGUUAUACAACCUUUAUCGCGAUUAACCCAAAUCGAUACUUUCGUUCUACGAGAUAAAACGAUAGACUAUAAUGAGCCUACUAUUGUACAACUUUUAGCUCAUAGUUGUAAUAAUGCUUCUUUAAAAUGGCCGAAAGAACACGCAAUCGAAGCUCGUCUAAUGCAUAUUGUACAUGCAAUAGAACAUAAAGAAUGGCCUGUAUCAAUAAACUUUAGCGCGGGAGAGGAAUUGGAUACGACGUCGAAUGAAAAGGAUUGUUCAGAAGUGAUAACAAUAACGACAGAUCAUGGGGUGUCACGUUCACCAGCAACAGGAAAUAAUAUUUCUGCUAGUAAAAAGAGGAAAAGACAUAUUGCCAUAGAUGUUGAAACGGAACGAGCUAAACUUCAUGCGCUUCUCAAUAGUAGUCAAAUACAAUCUCAACCGCCGACACCUUUGAGCAAACCAACAAUCCUGUCGGGAUCGACUACUUGGGAAGUUAACGAAGAAUCACAAUCUGAAGAUUCACGACGCUCAACACCGGUACAACCACCUCCGGCACAUCAACAAACGCGAACACCAACCAUACCGUUUGACUUGAAAUAUACUGUUCCUGGUAAAACAACAGUUAUACCAGGUACUUCGAGUACUUUAACGCCUAUUGAUUUAUCUGCUGGGUAUCCAAAAACAAGUUCCGAUAGCAAUAAAGAUAUUAUGAACGAAGUUCAGGACUUCUCAAUGCCUAAUAAAAAUAAGCAAAGCAAUAGCAAUAAAGGAAAGCUUGAUAGCAUGUUGGAUAAGUUAAUGAAAAGGAAAAAUUGUCCGACAGACGAACCUAUAGUUGGAAAGGAAAAGAAACGUCGAAAACUAGAUGAAAUAGUAUUAGGUUUGAGUGCUGCAAAGGAACAACAAAGCAGUCACUAUCCCGAACAUAGUAAAAAGAACACGAUUACACCCAACGUCACUGUCACUCCAACGUCAGCACCGAUUGGACUUCCUAAUCCUCCUGCAAAUACUCAAAAGCCAUUUUCUAUCACCGUCACAUCGAUUCCAUCGUCUCGAGCAUCAGGGACAUCUUCCAAUUUACCACCACCAUCGUUGCAUUCGCACAAGGAUAGCUUUUCUGCGUUGCUAGUUCAAGCCGAACAACAAAAUCGUGAACUUAAGAAACAGCAACAACAACAGCAACAACAACAACAGCAGCAGCAACAACAACAGCAACAUCAGCAGCAGCAACAGCAACAGCAACAACAACAGCAACAACAACAGCAGCAGCAACAUCAAAGUCAUCAACAGCAAGCUUUCAAUUCGGCACACUCCUCUGCAAGUAGUCAUAGGAAAAGUUACGAAGCUAUGAUAGCUGAUAUCAAUAAAGUUGCUGAAUAUUCAUCGAAAAUUGGAUCAUAUUCUCACGAAGCAAAGGUGAACAAAUGGUUGGCUGAGCAAACUGCUAUGUCAGAGCAGUUAAAUGCCGAGUACUUAAACGCACCUAGACGACGAAGACCUCGGGUCGAUCCAUCUUUGUUAGAUUGGAAAAAAUUGACGGGUGAUGAGAACGUUGCCGUGAUUAAUCGUUUAACUGGAAAAAAGGUCACCGGUAGCAAAGCUCCUCAAUUGAAACGACUUGGACAAUGGCUGACCGAAAACCCGAUGUUUGACGUCGAUCCAAAAUGGGCCGAACUUGUGAAAGAGCGUGGUAAUCUGCCGCAUGAUCUACAAAAGAGAUUACCCGGAUCCGAUAGAUCUGGCGUAAACAAAGGGAAGAGUCCUGGGAGACCACCAAUGAUGCCAAGUCCGACUAAUCAACAAUCGGCAAGCCAAGCGAAUUUAGCUGCUACGUCGAUGGCAUCCAGCUUAAAUUUCCCUUCGUUAGGCAAUCUUAAUAAUUCCCUUUUAUCUGGACUUUCACUCGGCAAUUUCGAUCCGAAAAAUAAUCCCCUUCUAAUGCCAUUUGGUGGCCUACCGAACCUAGGGGCACUAAGCGGUCUUAGCAAUCUUAGUAAUCUCAGCAAUAUGAGUCUAACAAAUUCGUUAUUUGCAAAUCUUGCUGGACUUGGUUUGCCAUCGUUAGCGGGUAUGGAAGCUGCUUUAAGUGCAACUGCAACUAGUACGGCCGACACAAAUCCAGCGGUCAGUUCGGUUAGCAGCAAAAAUACUAGUUCAAGCAGUAUUAGUAAUACCGGUAAACCACGAAACAAAUUGGAAGCCCCCACGAGCAAAACGUCCGUGCCAUCGACUUCGUCGGCAUCGUCGGCGUUACCAACGACGACACCAUUCCCCUUCUUUUUUCCAAAUCCUAGUCUUCUGUACACGCCAUUAGGUUUAGGUGGUUUGAAUCCGUUCUCAAUGCAACCUGGUGGCGUAUCGUCGGCCUAUGAAAGUCUGGCACAGUGCGGCCUUUUAAAUCCGCCAACGUCAAGUGCCUCGACUGUACGGAAGCCUGCUUCGUCAGCGAGCAGUUCGAGACAACGAGAUACCAUUGUGGAUUCGUCGAGCAAACGAAAGGAUUCCGAGAAAAAGCCUAGAUAUCCCGUAGAUCCGGGUAUAACGUUACAACAAUAUACGGAUAUGGCAUUACAUACGGAAGAUAGGCGUCGUAUGGAACACGAAAAGAGAGAGGCUAUCGAGCAACAAAACGAUAUUACCGACGUGAACGAAAGAAGGCUCGACAGGAAAAGUAAGGAACAAGAGAUGAAAGAGGCUUUGGAACAUUUGAGUCGAACGAGUGCAGAAUUGUUAACGAGGAAUCUCGAGGACGUGCAACAGCGAUGCAACGAAAAGAGAAGUCAUAGCAUAGAUCGUAAUCAGAACUCGGAUCAGCAACAAACGUCGACUCCGUUAGAGGUAACAUUAGAGCCUGUAGCUAAGAAAAUGCGAUCCGAGAUCGAGACGAUCGCGAAGCCUACUACGACAGUGACAAAUAACGAUACGCCAUCGGUCGACGUGGAACCGGUUGCUAGGUCAACAAGUACGACUAAGCAGCUUCCUCAAGAAGAUACUACGGCUGCUGCGGUCACUACGGAAACACCGUUGAACGCUAGCAACAAAAAGGAACCGACGAGUGAAGCUCCUCCAACGACGAUUACAAAUGUACCAUCUCCUUCGCAGCAAGCUUCGACUACGAAAGCAGACUUGAGUAAUAAGUCUCACAUAGCGGAAAGCGAAGAGGAUGGUAAAGGCGGCGCUAAGGCUAAAAAAUCACGAAGUGGUAAGAGAUUAAGUAUCGAACCUCCGCCCGAACGAAAGAAUCUAAGGUCAAGUGCCGGUAGACAAGCAAGAGCGGCGGCCGAACGACAAGCGAGAUUGGAAUGUGAAUUACAGUCCGAACACCAACAACAACAACAGCAGCACCAUCAUCAAUCGCAGGAACAAUCGCAGCAACAAACCCAACAACAACAGGAUAGUCAUGUUGGAAACGAAUGAACUCGUGUGAUCGAUGUUAAUGCGAAUAAUAGUGAUUACAAUGCUAAUAAAUAACCGACACCUAUCGAGUUCGUCGUAAUUAUAUCUCGAUUUGUGAAACUAACUCGGUUAUUUCUAGCAGUUAGCUAACCAUUUGUCGUGGAUCGCUACGUUGGUGACUGUAUAAUGUGCAUCGUUGGGUAGAUUUUUCUUAUCCUUUCUUUUCUUCUUUUUUUUUCCUUUCUCUCUCUCUUUUUUUUUCUUUUUUUUUUUUUUUUUUUUUUUUUAAUGAACACAAGUGCGUUAAAGGACUACAAACGUGUCAAGGUUGAACCUUUACAGGUAGCCUUUCAUCGUCGUUGUGAAAAUGAAGAAAAAGACAUAAUAUGAAUGAAAAGAAGUGGCAUCUUACAGGUGGGCAGAAAAAAAAAAAAGAACACGUUGUUGUUGGUGUGAAUGUACGUUAAGAUACUUUGAAGUCGGGCGAUAGUAUUUUAUCACUCGAUACUUUGUGUGGUGAUUAACUUUUAAUUACGUAACAUUACAAUUUAAAGGAAACAAAAUAAGUAAAUAAAUAAAUAAAUAAAUAAAUAAACAAAUAAACAAAUAAACAAACAAACAAGUAUAAUUUUGUUAAAUUUAAUAUCUUUUACGAUCUUAUCAGUUUUGACCACAGGGACUGUUUUAUAUAACUGCUAUCACUUUAUUGUGCACUAGCCCCUCAUUGUGCGUGCUAUAAUGUCGGGCAUAACACGAUAUAAUAAUAUAACCAUAACGUAGGAAAGUAAUUAUUAAUUUAAUAAAUAAAUAAAUAAAUAAACAAAAAGGAAAAAAAGAAAAUGUAAAUAUUAUAUACAUUAUGCCUAUAGCUCAUAAGCAACUGUGUACUUGGAGAAGUGUAUAUAAUAACGCAAUGUACUUUUAAUUACAUUAGAUGAAAUAAUAAACAGCUUCUUUUGUUGUUUGCAAAUGCCAAGCGCCAAGACUUCCAUUUUAUUUAGUGUAUUGACCUCGAUCAGAAGAAAUUGGUAGCUUGCAGCAUCCAUGUUCGAUAUUCGAUUUUGUAACAACCGUCACAGCAUCAUGACACGUAACGAUAUUUCGUUCUUUAUUAUAUUAACUACAUUGUCAUAUAUAUAAAAAAAAAAAAAAUUAUAAGUUCAGUAUUGAAAAUGUUAACAUUAUUACUCUGUAUUUUGUAUCGUGUACAUUGUAUCAAAGUAUAUAUGCAAUAAUUAAUUUAAAGUCAUUAUUCGUA